UGCAUAAUGGCGAUUCCUUUUGACAGUUGAAUUUGCUUUUGGCGCACGUGUUUUCCAGCGCAUCGUAAAUUUCUUUUUUCCACAAAAAAAAAAAAAAUUCGUCCCGAGUUAUUUAAUAAAUUUGUGAAAAUCCAAAAAAAAAAAUAACUCAAAUCGAGUUUUUCCACUAUGAAUCCUGAAAAACUAAAGAAACUCCAAGCACAGGUGCGUAUUGGAGGUAAGGGAACCCCACGCCGAAAGAAGAAGAUUGUCCAUUCAACGCCCGCUACCGAUGACAAAAAGCUACAGUCAUCGUUGAAAAAACUUUCAGUAAAUACCAUCCCCGGCAUUGAAGAAGUUAAUAUCAUCAAAAACGACGGCUCAGUCAUCCAUUUCAACAAUCCCAAAGCCCAGGCAUCAUUGCCCACCAACACAUUCGCCAUUACCGGCCAUGGCGAGAAUAAAUCGAUUUCCGAAAUGCUGCCUGGCAUCCUCACCCAAUUGGGGCCCCAGGACAUCACACAGCUAAAGAAGAUCGCCAGUGAAUUUGCCGCGAAUAAGGGUGCAGCUGGAGCUGGAUCUGUUGCGGGUGGUCUGUCCGCUGCUGAUGAUGAUGUCCCCGAUUUGGUUCAAAAUUUUGAAGAAGUCGCUAUUGGUACAGCUGCUCCUUCUGCUGCUGCUGCUGCUGCAACAUCACCAGCUGCUGCUGAUGCAGCUGAAAGCGCUGCCACCAGUUCUCCAGACACAACCGCUCCCAAGAAAAUUGAAGAAAUUCCUGUCGCCUAAAAAAACGGAGUCACUCAGUUGCCCUGGGUAGUAGAUUGUAGUUUGUGAAAGUUUUACACUAUACAUAGUCAAAAAACAAAUAAAAAAAAAAGCAACCAGAGAAACAAAAUUAACCUUUAUAGAAUUAUAACACAAAAAACAAAUGAAAAAUUAUAUAAAAACAAAAAAAAAACUAGAAAAAAACGUUUAUUUUUGGUUUGAAGAUGCAUUUUAUUCGAGAACACACCACAAACUCAUUUUUUUUAUUUUUCGAUCACUCUCGCUGCACAUUACAAUUUCAUUUUUACAUAAAAAAACAUUCAUAGUCUAUAUAGAAACGACAUACAUAAAAUUCCGAAGGAUAUAACUCUUAUACACUCCUUGAUAUGCAUUGCCAAUAUGAAGGAUUGAUGUGGUGGAGCCACAAAAAACGGGAAAAAGUCUUAAACAUUCUCUUAAUUUUUUUGUUAUUUUCUUUUUUUUACGCUGUAGUAUUUUUUUUUAUUUCUUGCUUCUGGACAAGUCUCAUAUUAAUUCAUAUUACAAAAAAAACAA